AUGGACGCUGACAGGAUCAAGAGGAUGGAGCGGGCCAGGUUACCAGAGAGAAAGAGAAGAAGGCUGACGUUGAAGGAAGAGAGAGCAACCUCAAAGGGAGGAAAUGAAGCAAUGGAAGGAUUGUCCUAUCAGUCUGAAAUAGGACUUUCUGUCAAUGAUAAAGAAGAUAUAGAAAGUAUCCCUGAGCCUGUGCCAAAACCAAGCUUUUGCUCCUCCACAAAGUUGAAGCACUGCCCUUCACCAAAUGUUGUCAUUUUAGAUCUGGAAACCACUGGCCUGAUUCAGCAUGGCAUUGUGCCCCACAUCACCCAGAUUGCUGCUGUAAAUAGGAAUACAAAGGAGCAGUUCUCCAGAUAUGUGGCUCCAGACCUGCCCAUUACACCAAUGGCGGAAAAGGUCACCAACAUAACCUGGAGUGGUGGAGUUCUAUGUUACCGUGGUGAGCCAGUUGAUUUUGUGAGAGUAAAGUCGGCACUGGAGGAUUUCUUGGAGUGGUUAGAGAAAUUUCCCAGCAUAGUAAUGGUAGCACACAAUGGCCGAACAUUCGAUUUUCGAGUAUUAUGCAGGGCAUUUCAUAGAUGUGGUUUGCAAGAGAGAUUUUGCUCUAAUGUUGCAGCAUUUUGUGACUCGCUUACUCUUUUCAGACAAAAGUACCCUAAACUUGAUAAGUAUAAGCAAGAAUUUCUGGCACAGCAUUUUUGUGGUCAUACUUACAAUGCCCAUAAUGCUGUUGAUGAUGUUGUCAUGCUAGAUGAAAUUAUUGAAGCAGGACUUAUCUCUGUUUCAGACUUUAAAAAACAUUCGUAUGAUACAGAUUGCCAAUUUCUUCAAGAAGAAUUUAAUUCUUGUAAAUCAAAAAAUGUUGCUUCACUUCGCCCUCUUAUUGGUGAAAAAGUAAUGAAAUCCUGCACGGUAGAAAAUAUUGCUGGAUCUGGACUGAAUCUGGGUCAUUUGAGACUGAUAUUCAAGAGAAGUGGUGAAGAUGGACUGGUUAAUGUGUUUUCUAUGAAAAAUAGUUUAGGGAAACCAAGAGUCACAUCAGACAAAAAGGUGUUGGGAGAAUGUAUUCCAAAACUGUGUGCAUAUUUUAGCAAAUGA